AUGGAGCAAUAUUAAUUAAUUGUUAAUGGAGAGAUUUAAAAAUUCCUGAAUUAAAUAAUUUACAUGGUCAUGGUGAUUAAGUAAGAUCAGUUUUAUUUCUCUUCUGAUAAAAAUACAUUAGCUUCUGGCAGUGCUGAUAAAUCUAUUGGUCUUUGGGAUGUAAAAACGGGAUAAUAAAAAGCCAAAUUAAAAAUUCAUAGAGGAAGUGCUUGGUCUGUCUGUUUCUCUCCUAAUGGAAAGGUAUUAGCAUCUGGAGAUGGUAAUGGGUCUGUAAUAUUAUGGGAUACUAAAACAAGAAAGAAAAGAGCCAAAUUAGAUGGUCAUAGGAAAACUGUCUACUCAGUCUGUUUUUCUCCUGAUGGAAAAACAUUAGCAUCUGGUAGUGACAUCCCAUAGACGGAUAGACUUAUUAUAACUCCCAGAAGCUAAUGUAUUUCCAUCAGGAGAGAAACAGAAUGA